CGUGUGGUAUAUCAGUGAGGUAGAUGGAUGGUGAUGCUGAGGAGAGAGCAUCCUCCGCAGCAGCUCUCCUGCCACACAGGCCGUGUGUUUCGGUAGAUGUAAUGUCAGAGAGAGGAUUAAUAUCGACAUUAUCACAUGUGAGUUUAUUACCGUGGGUUCAGACCGCUCCCGGUGAUCUCUAGUUCCAGGCUGCCGGCGACACACCGAGCUCUGUGAUGGUGGAUUUGUCCGAGAGUGGUGCAGUGUCGCCCGGACACGGCAGACAUGGACAGGGCUCCGGUUUCGGUAAUAACGGCAAGAAAACGUCGAAAAAGUCGCGAACGAGAAGAGGCAAACGAGGCAGGAGACGAAGGAGUAAAAAGAACAACCGGAACAACAAAACACCACCACCGUAUUUUCCACCGGAGGCUGAAGAAGGAAACAUUGAGUACAAGCUGAAGCUGGUUAAUCCCACUCAGUAUCGCUUCGAGCAUCUGGCCACGCAGUUAAAGUGGCGUCUGCAGGAGGGUCGCGGUGAGGCUGUCUACCAAAUCGGAGUGGAAGACAACGGCCUGCUGGUCGGCCUGACGGAGGCCGACAUGAAGGCCUCGCUCAAAACCUUAAAGAGGAUGGCAGAGAAAGUCGGUGCUGACAUCACACUUCUCCGAGAGCGGGAGGUUGACUACGACUUGGACAGAAACACUCGGAAAAUCGCUGAAGUCCUGGUUCGAAAAGUUCCUGAUGAUCAGCAGUUCUUGGACCUGCGGGUAGCGGUUCUGGGGAAUGUGGACUCAGGGAAGUCGACCCUGCUGGGUGUCCUGACGCAAGGUGAGCUGGACAACGGCCGGGGUCGAGCACGGCUCAACCUCUUUAGACAUCUGCACGAGAUCCAGACCGGACGCACCUCCAGCAUCAGCUUCGAGAUCCUGGGCUUUAACAGCAAAGGAGAGGUCGUGAACUACAGCGAGUCUCGGACAGCUGAGGAGAUCUGUGAGAGCUCCUCCAAGAUGAUCACUUUCAUCGAUCUGGCCGGACAUCACAAAUACCUGAAGACGACCAUCUUCGGCCUCACCAGCUACUGCCCUGACUUCGCCAUGCUGGUGGUGAGCGCCAACACUGGCAUCGCUGGUACAACCCGGGAGCACCUGGGCCUGGCCAUGGCGCUGAAAGUUCCCAUCUUCAUCGUGGUCAGUAAAGUGGACCUGUGUUCCCGCGGCACUGUGGAGCGAACCGUCCGGCAGCUAGAGCGAGUCCUGAAGCAGCCGGGUUGCAACAAGGUGCCCAUGGUGGUGUCGAACCCCGAUGAUGCCGUGACGGCUGCACAGCAGUUCACCCAGUCUGCAUGCAUCACGCCUAUUUUCACCCUGUCCAGUGUGACUGGAGAGAGUCUUGACCUCUUGAAGGUUUUCCUAAACAUCCUCCCUCCACUGAGCAACAGCAAGGAGCAAGAGGAGCUGAUGCAGCAGCUCACUGAGUUCCAGGUAGAUGAGAUCUACUCAGUUCCUGAUGUCGGCACUGUGGUCGGAGGAACUCUGUACAGUGGAGUGUGUAGGGAGGGUGAGAGGUUGGUGGUCGGUCCGACUGACGAGGGGCGUUUCCUGCGUCUGAAAGUGGGCAGCAUCCAGAGGAACCGCUCAGCCUGCAGGGUGCUGAGGGCCGGACAGGCUGCCACACUGGCUCUCGGAAACUUUGAUCGUUCUCUGCUGCGUAAGGGCAUGGUGAUGGUCAGUCCCAAGAUGAACCCGACCAUCUGCUGUCAGUUUGAAGCCGCCAUCGUCCUGCUCUUCCACGCUAAGACCUUUCGGCGCGGCUCACAGGUCACCGUGCAUGUAGGCAAUGUCAGGCAGACAGCCACCGUGGAGUGCCUUCAUGGAAAGGACGAGCUGCGUACGGGCGAGAGAGCCGUGGUUCGCUUCCGCUUCAUCAAACACCCCGAGUAUCUGCGACUGGGUGCCAAGCUGCUCUUCAGGGAGGGCGUCACCAAAGGCAUCGGCCAUGUCACCCGCCUGCUGCCCCCCUCCCAGAACCAUGACCAGAACCAGAAUCAUGACCAGAACCUGCAGGAGCAUUAAAGACUGCCACUCCUUCAUCCUCCAUCACAGGAUCGACAGAUGCUGAUCUCUCUGAGAACUUUGACUGGUGUACCUCUGAUUGGGUUGACUGUACUGCCAUAUGUCGGCGUAUUAAUCCUCCUGUCCUGGAUCUAUAGUUCUGACCCCAUUUCCGCUUUUAUGUCAGAAAAUCCAUCAUCAUCAUCAUCAUCAUCAUCAUCAUCAUCAUCAUCAUCUUCUUCCCAGCAGACAUUAGUAUCUUGAGUUAAAGCUGGCUGACCUUAGUAGACUUAAGCCUGUACGGUUAAUCUGAUGUUAUACCACAGUGCGGCUGUCAUGAGAGGAUGGCAGGAUUAUUUUUAGGAAGAGUUGAGGUCUUAAUGCAGCGCUCACCUCUCGAGUGCUGCCUUCAGACAAGGAGUGUCUAUCCGCUUUGACUGAAUCAGACAUUUGAAGAGAGGGAUUAUUUCCAGCAGUUGUACUUUCUAGUCUGAGGUAGAUCCCAUCAAACAUUUAAGACCAUAAUGGUGGUUUUGCAUGGUUCAGCUCAUAAACAUCAAAAUGUGAAUGUUUUUUUAUCCCUGAUGAUCAUUCUCCGCGGAGCACAGUGGGUGUCGAGGGUCAUCUUGCGAAAACUUGUGUAAACAAACUAGAUUUAUGUGCUCUCCAGUCACCACCGAAUUUGUCUAAGAGUAGAAAAUAGAUGUUUUUAUAUACAGCUUCAUUGAUUGCCAUGUUUAUUUUCAUUAUUGAUUAGUUUCAAUUAAUAUUUUGGUGUACAAAAUUCCAGAUAAUAGUAAAAAAUCACCCUCUUAGUAUUCCAGAGGUCCAAGACACCUUCAGAUGUUUUGAUUUGUUGGAAACCCAAAGAUUCAGUUUACAAUCGUACAAAACAGAACAUCCUCACAGAAAGACAGUCAAUUCAAUAAGUAGAUAAGCAAAUGUACACAGUACAUAGUCUUCAUAAUAUGUUAUACAGUGGUAUCGGUAUAUUGUGGCAGCCCUAAUGUAUUUCAUUAAGACUGAAUGAAUUAUGAUGUGUGCUUCAUUUGAGAUCACAUAUUACUAACUUGUGUGUGGGAUUUAUUAAUUGGACAUCAAUUCUUAAUUUGUGUGCACAAGUUUAAAAAGAUUACUCUCGAUACCUCUGCGGCUCCAUACAUGCCAUAAAAGUUUAGACUGAUUGUUUUGACGGAAUUAUAAUGCUUUCAUUUUUAUGUAUCAUCUGAAGAAAACAAACACCAGCUCAUCCUAUUGUUCACUGUUCGUUUGCACUUUAUUCACUUUUGAUGAUUCCCUUCUGUCGAGUUAGCACAGCUCUGGAUCACCGCAUACGGGAAACCAGUUUUCCAGUUUUUUUCCAAUUCAACCUGAUGUUAAUUAGCAAUCUGAGAUUGACUGAUGAUAAACUAGAGUUUUGGAGGUUGAUGUAUCUAUGUAUGAAAUAUUGGAGGAAGCUUUAGUGGCUGUUUUUUGGACAAGCAGUGGUUUUCUACACUUUACAGCCUUACAUUCAGCCUGUUGAGAUGUAUGUUGUCUGUUUGGUUCUUUUACUCGAGUUGCUUUUGACCUGUUAAAGUCUGUACAUUCAAUAUUUACAAAUGACUGACUGAAAUAUUUGCAUCUUGGGUUCCAGUUUGUUCUGACUAUCUGUUCAUGUUAAGUGAUGAUAUAAAAAGUUUGUAGGUUUGAUGUAUCAGGCAGCUUAUUGCAGCUAAACAUAACCUGCAUGCUCUUUGACUGAAGAAAAAACUCUAAUCCUCUCAUUUAAAAUAUAAAAUAUGUAUCCAGUGUUGAAACUGUUUUAAUUUGAUUUUUUAGGCGGUUCUGUGCAAUUGUAAACCUAAAUAUCGAAUGUACUUUCCAUGGAUCCUGUGUAGCAUAUGAAAUUGCUUACUAUUCAAAUGGAGUUACUGUUGACUUUGCACUUUGUACUCUGACUCUGCAUGUGUGUUGAUGCCAGUGAGGAGAUCUGCAGAGAUCUCUGUCGGCUGAUUCUGCAGAACGAUGAAGACGUGGACGCUGAGCUGAGAAGACUGUCCGACACAAACGCUACAGCGAAACUUUAAAGAGUGGAUUUAUCAGUUUGUUUUUCCUGACCGUCCCUCUAGCUAAUAAAUAAACUGUUACAGUGAAAAAAUA